AGAGGGUCCUUUGUGCAGCUCCAUGGCCUGUUUAUCCAUGGAGUUUUAUCUCCAGAGGAACCCACUCACCUGCCAUUCCUGUUGAAGCCAGGUAGAGCAUGCAGUGGGCUCCAUUUGGGGAGAGGAGCUGAGAUUGCUUGAUGGAGCUUUGUUCAAACCAGGACCUGCUGAUCGAAAGCCAGAAGCUGCCACUGAGAGCCUGCUUGGGCUUUGACCAAGCAGGGAGCCACAGAGGCUGUUGGUGGCUUCACUGGAGCCAGGGCAGAGGCUGCUGCUGUGCCCAGAACUGACUGAGGAGGGCCUCCAGUGAAGGCAAUAAUCUGUCUAUGACCUCCUCCCAAAGGAGUUACAGUUACCACCUUCCAGAGAAACAUCUGUAGCAUCCAUGAGCCAAACAAGUGGUGGUGAGGCAGGUUCGCCUCCUCCAGCUGUAGUUGCUGCUGGAUUUGCCUCUGAAGCAGGGAGUGUCUGCAUUAAAAAUGACCUGUAGUUCUCUGCUUCAUAGAUGCGUCUUCAGCUCCCUCUUCCUCCAUGGGCGGUGCUUGCAGCUCCUUUGCCACCUCUUCUAGUCCUACCAUUUACUCUACCUCAGUCACCGACAGCAAGGCUAUGCAAGUGGAGAGCUGCUCCUCAGCCGUGGGGAGCAUCAGAAAACCAGAAAGGAGCCGGAGGGAAGAAGAGCCCGAUGUUGUCCGGUCAGUAUCCUACUAAAAGUGAAGGCAAGGAGCUGAAGAUUGUGGUACAGCCGGAGACCCAGCACAGAGCUCGGUACUUGACUGAGGGCAGCCGAGGCUCAGUGAAAGACCGGACACAACAAGGUUUUCCAACUGUAAAGCUGGAAGGUCACAAUGAGCCAGUGGUUCUGCAAGUGUUUGUGGGUAAUGACUCUGGUCGAGUGAAGCCACAUGGGUUCUACCAGGCCUGCAGAGUAACUGGGCGAAACACUACUCCCUGCAAAGAGGUGGACAUAGAGGGUACUACAGUUAUAGAGGUUGGCCUUGACCCUAGCAACAACAUGACGCUUGCUGUUGAUUGUGUAGGAAUACUGAAGUUGAGAAAUGCAGACGUUGAAGCUCGAAUAGGGAUCGCUGGUUCCAAGAAAAAAAGCACCCGUGCCAGAUUGGUGUUUCGUGUAAACAUCACUCAGAAAGAUGGCUCAACUUUAACGCUCCAGACACCCUCCUCUCCAAUUUUAUGCACGCAACCAGCUGGCGUGCCAGAGAUCCUCAAGAAAAGUCUGCACAGCUGUUCAGUAAAGGGGGAAGAGGAAGUCUUUCUGAUUGGCAAGAACUUUCUUAAGGGAACAAAAGUGAUCUUCCAAGAGAAUAUUUCUGAUGAAAACUCUUGGAAAGCAGAAGCUGAAAUAGACAUGGAAUUAUUUCAUCAGAAUCAUCUUAUUGUGAAGGUGCCACCAUACCAUGACCAGAAAAUAACCUCAUCUGUUUCUGUGGGGAUAUAUGUGGUGACUAAUGCUGGAAGAUCACAUGAUGUGCAGUCAUUUACAUACACUCCAGAUACAUCUGGUACUCUGAAUGUUAAUGUGAAGAAAGAAAUCUCCAGCCCAGCACAGCCUUGUUCUUUUGAAGAGGCUAUAAAAGCAGUAGCAGCCACUGGCUGUAACCUGGAUAAAGUAAAUAUUCUCCCUAGUGCCUUGAUAACUCCACUUAUGCCGACCAGUGUGAUUAAGAAUGAAGAUGUGGCUCCAAUGGAAGUUACAGCCGAAAAAAGAUCUCCCACGAUCUUCAAGGCUACAAAGGUGGUUGGACCAACUCAACAAACAUUAGAAAAUAUGUCCAGCAUAUCAGGAAAUGGAAUAUUUUCAACUGCUGCUUCUCAUUUACCUUCUGAGUGUGAAAAACAGCAGCAGAUACAGCCUAAAGUGUAUAAUCCAGAGACUCUGACUACUAUCCAAACGCAGGACAUUUCACAACCUGGUAGCUGUCCAGCUGUCUCUGCUCCCAGCCAACUGCAGAAUAGUGAUGCACUAUUGCAACAAGCGGCACAGUUCCAAACUAGAGAGUCCCAAUCCAGAGAGGUGUUACAAUCAGACAGCACUGUAGUUACUUUGUCACAGUUAACUGAGGCUUCGCAGCAACAACAGUCAACAUUAUCAGAACCAGCACAGACACUACAGCAACAAAUUUCAUCAAGUAUUUUCUCACCAGCAAACAGUGUGAGUCAGUUACAGAACACUAUACAGCAACUGCAAACUGGAAAUUUUCCAGCCAGCACUGCCAGUGGAAGCAGUGGAAAUGUUGAUUUGGUCCAGCAAGUCUUAGAAGCUGAACAGCAGUUAUCUUCUGUUUUGUUUUCUGGGUCAGAUAGUAGUGAGGAUGUUCAAGAGCAACUCAGUGCAGACAUUUUUCAGCAAGUUAGUCAAAUCCAAAACAGUGUAAAUCCUGGGAUAUUUUCCUCAUCAGAGACAGCAGUCCAUUCCAGGCAAGAGAAUCUUUUGUCUGGAAGAACUGAAAAUGUACAUCCACAGCCUGAGAACUCAUUGUCCAAACAUCAGCAGCAGCAGCAGGCAAUGGAGACUUCUGCAGCAAUGGUGAUUGGAAUGCAGCAAAGUAUGUGCCAGGCUGCAACACAGAUGCAGUCUGAUCUGUUCUCCUCAGCAGCUUCAGGAAAUGGAAACCUCCAGCAGUCCCCUGUUUACCAGCAAGCUUCCCACUUGCUAAGUGGGCUAUCAACAAGCGAAGACAUGCAGAUGCAAUGUGAGUUAUUCUCUUCAUCUUCUGGUGUUUCAGGAAAUGAAACUACUACUGCUCAGCAGCAAGUCUCGACCAAUGGCUCUACCAUGUUUCAGACAUCGAGUUCUGCAGAUGGAAAAGAAGCUUCUGGACAGAAUAAACAAAUGCAAAACAAUGUGUUUCAGACCAUGGUUCAGAUGCAACACAGUGGGGAAAGUCAGCCUCAAGUUAACCUUUUUUCAUCUACGGAAAACAUGAUGGCCGUUCAGGCAGGUGGAACUCAACAGCAGGGAGGUGGACUGUUCCAGCAAGGUGGGGAAAUAAUGUCUCUUCAGUCAGGGAGUUUCAUGCAGCAGUCCCCACAUUCACAGGCUCAACUUUUUCACACUCAGAAUCCCAUUGGUGAUUCUCAAAAUAUAUCCCAGGAAACACAAGGGUCUAUUUUUCAUAGUCCAAAUUCCAUUGUCCACAAUCAGACCACUUCUUCUUCUUCGGACCAAUUGCAGCCUCCAGUGUUCCACUCCCAGAACACAAUGGGUGUAUUGCAGAGCUCUUCUGUACCUCAAGACCAGCAAUCAGCCAAUAUGUUCCUUUCCCAGAAUUCAAUGAACAAUCCUGUAACUCAAGAAGAACAGAUGUCAUUCUUUACAACACAGAAUUCCAUUUCUUCACUUCAGACAGCCACAAACACUGAGCAGCAACCUUCUUUCCAGCAGCAGGCACAGAUACCCCACAUUCAGAACCCUAUGAUUCCCCAAGAUCAACCCCAAGCUCCGCCCACUCAGCAGGGUUUGUUUCAGCCACAAGUAUCACUAGGCUCCCUCCAAUCUAGUACAAUGCCCCAGAACCAACAAGGGGCUAUCUUCCAGUCUCAACAUUCAAUGGUUGCUAUUCAAAGUAGCCCUCCAUCCCAAGAACAGCAGCAACAGCAGCAGAACAUGAUGUUCAGUACUCAAAAUACGAGUACAGUUGCUUCUCAGAAACAGACUAUGAUUUUCAACCCAAAUCAAAAUCCAAUCACUAAUCAGGAGCAGCAGAAUCAAUCUCUCUUUCAUGCACAAUCCAAUAUGGCGCCAAUGAAUCAAGAUCAACAGCCCAUGCAGUUCCAGAGUCAAACAACAGUGACUCCACUUCAGAAUCCUGGGUCCAGCCAGCCAGAGACACAGCAGCCCACCAUGUUUCAUAACUCACCCCAGAUUCAGUUGGUUCAAGGAUCACCAGGUUCUCAAGAGCAGCAAGUCACCCUCUUCAUCUCUUCAGCUUCCAUGUCUGCCUUGCAGAAUAGCAUGAGCCAGCAAGAGCUGCAGCAGUCUCCCAUCUACUCUUCUCAGAACAAUAUGACAGGUAUUCAAGGAGCUGCUUCUCCUGCACAGCAACAAUCUUCUUUGUUUCACAAUACAACAGGAAGUGCUAUCAACCAGCUGCAGAAUUCUCCUGCUUCAUCUCAACAGACUUCAGGAAUAUUCCUAUUUGGGAUUCAAAACAACUGUGGCCAGCUCUUAACCUCUGGACCAUCUGCAUUGCCAGAUCAGCUGAUGGCUAUAAGUCAGCCAGGUCAGCCACAGAGUGAGGGGCAACCUGCAGUGACAACGCUUCUGUCCCAGCAGAUAUCUGAGAAUUCUCCACUACCUUCAUCUAUGACAACUAAUCAGUGUAUAGAGAAAAUAGAUGACUUGCUUGUGUCAUUACAAAACCACGGGAACAACAUGGCUGGCUCAUUUUAAUUGGCCAAAAAUUCUGUGAAGGAAAAGAUGAUUUCCAAGAUCCCCUCAGACCUUGUGGCUCUGGAUUAGGGUUUAUGGAGCUGAACUGUUCUGUUAAAGAAUGGCCUACUCCCAAGCAAAUGUGUAGACUUCACUCCUUUUCUAAAGAGCACAUAUGCUGCCUACUGCAGUGUCUAGCAAUUGAGGCUAUAAUGAUAGCAUUUGAGACUCCUGAAGCCAAUAAUGGCUGAAAAGCUGUGCUUUGUGUUACAGGGGGUGGAACUGAACGGUUACCACAUUCCUAGGCCCCAUUAGUCAAUGGGCUGCUAUUUUAAUUCAAAGCAUGACUGCUCAGCUAUUAUUGUUAGAAAAUAACACGUUGUCAUGUUUACUUUUUCUUUUCUUCCCUUUCUCCUUCACAACCCCUCUGUCGAGUUGGAAAGCUUGUGAAGCAGUACCAUUGUGUGCUCUACCUUGCGCUGUGAUUCAUGGCAUAGCUGUCAGUAGAGCUAAAGGACCAUUGUAAGGAUGUGUUAAUCGCAGCUGCUGGUGGUGAUGUAUAUAAUAUACAACCAGAAAAUCUGCUACAAUUCUAGGAGCAGCCAGAGAGAUGCGGGUGCUUCCCAUCUGAGGGUGUGAUUAACAGCUGUCUGUCUGUACUGAUGGUUUUAGAUAUAAACGGCAUAGAGUAAGAACUAGGUGGCUCUAUCCAAAUGAAGGGAAAAGUCACAGUAAAUUGUGUUCUAAAAUCCUACCUUCUAAAAUACCUUCAACUGAAGAGAGCCAUCUGCCUAGCUGAGCAAACAGCUUAAUGCCUCUCACUGUUUUGGCAUAGAUUAGAACUUGAACAUUAUUCCUUCUCAUGCCAGGCUGCCCUCUUUCAUUCUUCCCAUGCUCUUCCCUCCCUCCCCCUAAUUGUAUAUAGUUGGGUUUCCUAAGCAAAUACAAAGAUGCUACUGGUUUUAGAAACUGAAGUAACUCUUAGGUGUCCAAGGCACCUCUCACUGUGGUACCAAAAUGCCAAGCCAGUGGCUGCAUCUAUGGGUAUGGCUACACUUGCAGCUGUAGAGCGCUGGGAGUUACAGCUGUCUUCGUACAGCUGUGUAGGGAAAGCGCUGCAGUGUGGCCACACUGACAGCUACCAGCGCUGUUGGGAGUGGUGCAUUGUGGGCAGCUAUCCCAGCGUUCAAGUGGCUGCAACGUGCUUUUCAAAAUGGCGGGGGUGGGGUGGAGUGUGACAGGGAGCGUGGGGGAGACAGAGUGGAUUUUUGGAGCUGACACUGUUCUCAGCUCCCGGCCUUGCAAGUUCUAAGGACUGGAAGAUACACAGCAGCUACCUUCAAUCGUUUUUAAAGUUUUGACCCCUUCCCCCACCCCUCUCUUAUUCACUAAAUGCAAAUUAUGCACUCCUAAAUAGCCUUUAGACCACAUAAGCAGCUGCUCAACACGGACUCCCCUCUCUCCUCAAGCAAACAGCUGUGAACAUUCCAAAGCAAUUCCCCUGCCUCCACUCGUCGAUCGCUGGAGCAAAGAGCAGCUGUGUUUGUGUUUUAGCUAAGUAGCUCCGGGGAGCUCGGAGUUCAGCCAUUCUUCUGGUUUGUUGUGUACAGGAAUUCUGGGAUACCUCCUAAUACCCUGGAGGCCAAUAACAGCACUUUUGGUAGCCACACUUUGAUGAGCAGCGCUGCAUCACCAGCGCUGCAAUCGUUACACCCCAAGCAGACCAGGUGUACAGCCAGCGCUGCAGCCAGGGAGUUGCAGCGCUGGAUGUGCCUUGCAGGUGUGGACAGUUACUAAGUUGCAGCACUGUAAACCCACCACCAGCGCUGCAACUCUCCAGUGUAGCCAAGCUCUUUAUAUAUGAUCAGGGUUUGUGGGAGUGAGAAAAUGCUGGUUUCGUCUCCAUGCCCCAGACUUCCUGAAUCCUAGGGAAACCCUGCUUUUUCCUGUUGUUGCUGAUUUAAAGUCUUAAACUUUAUCCCAUAUGUGGGCAAACAACAUAAUUUUUCAUCCUUCUUUAAAAUAUCACUUCAAGCUGAGCUGCUGCAUCUUUGUAGCUUUCUCGGUUCAUUGCCGGUUUCAAGCAUCCUUUUUACUAGCAGUCCUCAUGAGCUGUAGCCUCUCUGGGGCCAUACAUUAAUUAAAAACAAUUUACUCAUGUUUUAUAGUAUCUAAGAAUAACCCACUCCAGGCCAUGCAGUUGUAGGGUGAGGAAUGUGGAUCCUUUUAGAUGUUCCAACUAGCCCAAGAGAAAUGUGAUGCCUCAUUACA